GACGCGCAUCGUGGAUCCAAACACGAGAUACAAAAGCUCAUCGCUGCUCGUUAUUUCCGAACAAGUGUGGGAUUCAGCCGGAUCAGAACAUUCUCCUGUGUGUUUUGGACUCCCGUGGAGGAGAAGUGCGUGUCUUCACCACCACGCACAAAGCAUGUUUACAUCCCCGCCUUUGUCUCACCCGAGACAAGACUGACAAGGCGCUUUGAACUUUUUGGGGUGCUGGUUUAUUAUAUUGCAUCGCUCAGGGAUGUCUUCUGCACGCGUGGAUUACAUCGCGCCGUGGUGGACUUACUGGCUGCACAAUUUCCCGCACGUCAACCUGAGGUUGCAGUCCGUGGACAACAGCUUCAAGCCCGACGAUCAGAACUACCAGCAGUCUCUGCUGUUUCUUGGCUGCGUGGCGGCGACGGCGCUGGGCGUCAACCUUCUGUGUUUGGCCGUCUACCUGAGCUGCCUGUGCUGCCGCCGCAAGGAUGACGACGGCGGCGACGAGGAUACCAAGAAGCCGACGUCGUGCUGCGUCACCUGGUCGGCCGUUGCCGCGGGCCUCCUCACUUGCGUGGCCGUGGGCGUGGGUUUCUACGGCAACAGCGAAACCAACGACGGCAUCUACCAGCUGACGUACUCGCUGUACAACGCCAACAACACGCUGGGCGGCGUGGACAACUUGCUGCAGGUGAGCACCACCAUGAGCAACAUGAAGAGCGGGCUACAACAGCACCUGGCCCGGCUGGACGAGAUCUUCGCCACGCGCGGCGACUACGUGCAGACGCUGCAGUUCAUGCAGCAGAUGGCCGACAACGUCAUCAAGCAGCUGGUGGGCCUGCCGGAUUGGACCCAGGCCGACAUGGACCUGGCGUCCGUGGCCAAACUGUCAUCCAGCGUUGAGUACUACAGGUGGCUGGCCUACCUGCUGCUCCUCAUCCUUGACCUCAUCAUCUGCUUGCUAGCUUGUCUGGGACUCGCCAAGCAGUCUCGCUGGCUGCUCACCACGAUGAUGCUGUCCGGGGUGCUGACGUUGAUACUCAGCUGGGCCUCGCUCGGAGCCGAAUUGGCCGCCGCCGUGGGCACGAGCGACUUUUGCGUGGCGCCCGACAAGUUCAUCAUGAGUCAAAUCAAAGGCGUCGUCGGCACAGAAAUCGUUCAUUACUACAUUUACUGCAACCAGACGCUGACCAACCCUUACCAGCAGCCUCUGACACUUUUCCAGAGAUCUCUGACCACCAUGCAGAUCCAGAUCCAGGGUUUACUGCAGUUUGCCGUGCCGCUCUUCCCCACAGCGGAGAGAGACCUCGUGGGCAUCCAGCGUGUUCUCAACUCGUCCGAGGCCAGCCUGCACCAGCUGACAGCGUUGUUGGACUGCAGGGGGCUCAACAAGGACUACCUAGACGCCAUGGUGGGCGUGUGUUAUGAUGGCGUGGAGGGCGUGCUCUACCUGUGCCUCUUCUCCGUGCUGACGGCUUGUGCCUUCACCAUCAUGCUCUGCGCCAUCCCCAGAGCGUGGAGACAGAUUGCAAAUAGCGAGCAAGACUACGACGACAUGGACGAGGAGGACCCCUUCAACCCGCGGCGUAACCGAAUGGGCUCGCAGAACCGGAACCACACCACCGUGCACAGCUUCUGCAGCUAUAGCAGCAGCAUGGGCAGCCAGAACAGCCUGCAGCCCCCCGCCCCCCCGCUGUCCGGAACCCCCAUGGGCGACUACAUGAACCAGACGGCUCUGUUCGGUGGGAAUCCUCGCUUUGAGAACGUUCCUCUGAUUGGACGAGGCUCGCCGCCACCCUCGAUAUACUCUCAGCCAUGUAGAGUCCGAUAUUCCCCCAGCAUGAGGGCCACAUAUCUGUCCAUGACCGAGGAGCAACGUCGGCAUUUUGGCAACGACUUCCAAAUGUGAAGUUGUAGACUUUUUCUUCAGGGAAGUGCCACCUUUGUGUUGUGAGCAUGAAACUAAGGUGGGAACACAAUUCAUGGACGUUGAAACGUGAGGAAAGACACAAAUGUGCACAUUUUUGUCACCCCCCCCAAAAAUAAAAGGCCAAUCAUGAACGGAAGCCUGAAGAGCUCAACAUUUUUAAUAACAAGCAAGGUGCAUAAAAA